AUGAUUAGAGUUGAAGAAAGUCGCAUAAAAUCCUAUUUGACUAUGUAUAAAUUUCCUGAACAAACAAAGAAAGAAAUUGUAAAAACAUUAAAUUUUUAUCAUGGAUUAAUUUGUAACUUUGAAACUUUUCUAUUUUCAAACAGAAUUGAAAAAAAACUAGUUAAUUUGAGUGGUACUAUCCCAGUGACAUUUAAAGGUACCACUUAUCACAUUCCCAUUUGUAUCUGGCUUAUGGAUACACAUCCAAAUAAUGCUCCAAUUUGUUAUGUGAAACCUACUACGGAAAUGCGAAUUAAAAUGUCAAUGUAUGUUGAUCACAAUGGGAAAAUUUAUCUACCAUAUUUACACAAUUGGACUCCAACUACGUCCAAUCUCCUUGAUUUAAUUGGAAUUAUGACUAUUACAUUUUCGGAAACACCUCCUGUUUAUUCUGUUCGUCAAACUGAACAACCAGUAAAUCCUGGAUAUCCCUCACCAAUGCCUUAUGGUGGAACUGGCUCAAAUGUAAUGCACCCAUAUCCUUCAAUACCUACACAAGCUGCUACUACUUCAAAUCCUUCAACUUUUCAUGGAAGCUCUAACACUCCUUAUCCCUUGUAUAAUAAUCAAUUUCCAACUCCAUCAUAUCCAACGGGUUCAUCAAAUACAUCAAAUUUUUCACCUUAUUCUCCACCAUAUCCAACUCAAAAUUGUGCUUACCCUCAACAACCUGCACCAAUUAGACCAGAAUAUCCUCCUUACCCAUCGGCUGCUAGCAGUUCACCUAAUACUACACCUGGGAGUAAUGUUAGCGAUGGUGGCACUAUAACUGAAGAACACAUUAAAGCUUCUCUAUUAUCUGCGAUUGAAGAUAAAGUAAGGAGACGUUUUAAUGAACAAAUGGCCCAGAAUAAAGAUGAAUUAGAUAUACUGCAACAGUCUCAACGUGAAUUAACUUUGGGAAAAACCAAAUUAGACUCUAUUCUAACUAGUCUUAACAAAGAAAAGGCUGAAUUAGAGCAAAACAUUCAAGUAUUACGUGAUAAAGAAUUAGAACUUGAAAUGGCUAUUUCUAAGCUGUCGAAAGAAGAUAAUAUUGAUAUUGAUGAUGCUGUUACAACAACUGCACCACUUUAUAAACAAAUAUUAAAUGCAUUUGCUGAAGAAGCUGCAACUGAAGAUGCAAUUUAUUAUAUGGGAGAAGCAUUACGAAGAGGUGUGAUUGAUCUAGAAGUUUUUCUGAAACAAGUACGAUCCCUAUCCCGUAAACAAUUUAUGUUAAGAGCUUUAAUGCAACGAUGCAGACAUAAGGCUGGAUUAGUGGCUUAAUUUAAAAAAAGAAAAAUAUGUUUAUAUUAUAUACAUUACAUUUACAGAAUAUAUUUAAUUUCUACAUUUUAUAAGAUAGGGUAAGACAAUUUAAUAUGUAGCCUAUUUAUAUUCUAUUAUUUGUAUUGUAACAGUAUAUUUCUGUUAUAAAAUAUAAUUAAAAUAAAGAAUAUGCUAAAUUUUUGUUAGUCGCAUAUAGUAUAUUAUCA